AUGUCUUCAAACAACCCCGGAAGUUCCUCCUCAUCGUCUAAUAAUAAGCAAUCAGCGGAUAAUACUGGUGGAGAAAGUAGUAAAACAUCUCCACAACAAACAACAGCACAACCACAAAAAGUUUCUAUACCACAUCUUGGAGCCUUAGAAGAAGACGACGAAUUUGAAGAAUUCGCUGCAGAAGAUUGGAACGAAACCGAAGAAGAUCAAGAAACUCAUUUAUGGGAAGAUAAUUGGGAUGAUGAAGAUGUCGAAGAUGACUUUUCAAAACAAUUAAGCUGA